AUGAAGGGGUCCACUUACACUGUCAUCCCAGAGGUUGUGCAAGGCAAUAAUGAUCCAGCGGUCAUAGCCGCACUCAGUAACAGUACGGCGAUCAAAGCGCGUGAUAUGGCCUCGGCCACAUACGGCAACAGUUGGAAGAGGAGCUGGCAAUUCAGCUGUGUAAUGGUCCAGCGCAACACGGGAACCGGGAUUGACAAGGACAAUUGUGUCCUUUGUCCAGUCAACCGUACAGCAUGCCGAGUCGUGCCGCCAGUAAAUGAGUUUGUCAAGCAGUGGUCACGAACCUCUGAACCUAGGCGGAACACCUCACUCCAAUGGACCGUGAGGCGGGAAUCAUUGACAUUUGGCAUUGAUUCUGCUGCUGUAUCUUUGAACGGUGCCAGUAGAUUGAUUCUAAGUAGACUAGAGGGAGCACAACAAGGGGGGGUUUUCCAAUGUGGAAGGAAGCGCGGUGUGAGUAGGUUACCUGCUUACGGUGGUGUGGUUUCUCAGUUGGACAGUGCCGGCCACCGCAAAGGUGCACCUGGCUAUUGCAGAAGGGUCCUGCGCAGGGCAGAUGAGACCUCAAAUCAGCUUUUGCAAGUUCUUACCGCCAACGUACUUAUGGCAGGUCAACACAAUUUAUCAAUUGGCAUGGAUGGCAUGGUGCGGCUGCAUAAUCAAUGGAGAGCGGGCAAGUUUGAUGGUCAAUGUGGACGCAUAAAUCAUAGCUUUAGCUCCCACUCCAAGUCAAGUGCUCCCAAAUGGACUCAAUUUGAUCCAUGUGUCAGGGCAAGGUCAGCCGAGUUCGAGAUAUACUGCACCGAUAACCAAGGGUGUAUGUCGCAAUUGAGCGGAAUGGAGGGUGACCCAGGUGCAGUAGUUUUGUUGGAAGGUACAGUAGUUGCAUAUUCUGAAGGGACAAGGGUAUGGAUUGCUCUGGUGACGAGUAUUACCCCGGCGGCACCUGAGGUGGUUUGA